AUGAGAAUAAACGAACACACAGCACUCCUCACCCCCCGCGUCCUACUGGUCCCCUACAGCGCACACCACGUGCCCGCCUACCAUGCUUGGAUGCAAGACCCUGCCAUCCGUGAAGCCACGGCGUCGGAGCCGCUCACGCUAGACGAAGAGUACGCGAUGCAGCGCAGCUGGCGUGACGACGCAGAUAAGCUGACGUUCAUCGUCUGCCUUGCACCACCAGCCACUCCUGACAAAGUCCAUGGCAAAGUCCACGACGCCCCGGCCGCCAUGAUUGGCGACGUGAACCUCUUCCUCGUCCCGGACGACGAGCAGGAAGACGGAGACGCCAACCCGCUCUCCGUCGUCGGCGAGCUCGAGAUCAUGAUCGCCUCGGCCGCGCACCAGAACCGCGGCUACGGCGCCGCCGUCCUGUCCGUCUUCAUGGCCUACAUCCGCCGCCGCAUCGACGGCAUCCUGGCCGAGUACUGCGCAGCGUCGCCCUCAGGCUCGAGGAAAGCGCUGCUGAAGCAUCUGCGCGUCAAGAUCGGCGCCAACAACGAGCGGAGCCUGCGUCUUUUCGAGAGGGUGGGCUUCGCGCGCCUGAGCGAGACACCCAACUUCUUCGGCGAGCUGGAGUUGAGGAGAGGUCUGGAUGUGAACGGGGAGGAGGCGAAGCGGGCCGACGCCGGCGUGGAGUUGGGCUACGAAAUUGCAGCAGAGUAG